AUGUCUGGCGCUCUUCGCUCCGUGGGACCGCGGAGCCUACGGUUACUGCUGUCAUGGCUAGCAGUCCAAGCAGCCCUCGUUGGUGCCUCUCCCACGCCGGCUAUUGAUGCUGACAACGACAACAUUGCUCUCUCCGUUUCCGAUGGCACGCUCGACAAGCGAGUCGUAGGGCAAUUUCCAACAUUCCCCAACGACUAUAACGGUCGUGUCCGGAAGGGGUAUUUUCUCAAGAUGCUCAUGCCAUUGAACGACGCAGACGCAGCACAGCUGAACCGCGGUCAUGCUGUCUCCAGCCCGUGGCAGGAUCCUCGCUGGGUGGAGCGUUGGGGAUGGGUUCGUAAUCCGAUGGUAUGGGGCCCGUUCGAGGACGAUGCCUUGGAUAAUGACCCUGACGGCGCGCCUGGAUUUCGUACGAUCCUGGACCCCGCCUUCGCGGACCCAAAUCACCCUGUAAACCCUUCAGAGAAUGGCGUGUCCAAAUUUGAACACAACAACGAGUUCCGCCUCAGGAACAGUCAAGAAAUGGGAAUGCCAACCCAGGCUUACUAUAAGAAUGUGUUCAACCCGCGUUUUGGUGCGAUCAUGUUUGACGACAAUAACAGUCCUCGAUACGAAAUUGCCACGAACGAACUCGGAGACGUACCAGAACUCGAACAAUUAUCUGAUAUUGCAUACUUCCAGUGGCUGUAUGCUUGCAGAGAGAAAAACAUCCAUCCUGCCAACAUCAGGCUCAUUUUCCGGGCCAAGAUCACAUACGCUCCCAGCUUCAAGUUAAUCACAGAGGCUUUGUCUGACGCCAAUUUUGAACGCGUUCCUGGCUGGGACCGACGGGCCACGUUUUCGAUGGACACGCGGCCGGGACUUGCCAUCUUGGGGUCCACCCACGGCUCCGGCGCUGCCUUGUUCUUGAUCCAGCAUAAGAGGAUUCUUGGCCUGAAGAAGAUAACUCAAGUGACAGUAUGGGGAGAUAACGGCGGCUUUGCUCUGGAUUCUAACCCAGGACGAGUAGCUUUGAAUUUGAGGUUUGUCGUCACCAACGCUUAGACUUCCUGUUGUUGGUACCGAAGUGGGCAUACCAAAGAUGUCACAAGAAGGAGUUAAAAGGCCUUUUUACUCCAAUAAUGCCACAAUC